AUGGAGCUCCUUCGGCUGCUGCUCCUGGCUGUGUUGGCGUCGGAACCGGCGGCGGCCGCCGGAGCCGAGACCGUCGGGAACUCCAGCGAGACUCUCCUUCCCAAUGCCUCGGGAACAGGCACUGACAAAGGACUGGUUUUCAUUCUUAAACCAGAGCAGACUAUAUGCACUUGGCACUUGGAGACUUCAGACCCUGAGCCUGUCCAAAAUGUGGCCAUUCCACUCUCCUACUCGGAAAGCGAUCCUAUCCCUGGUGGUUGUAAUUUGGAGUUUGAUUUAGAUAUCAAUUCCAACAUUUACCUGGAGUAUAAUUUCUUUGAAACAACUAUCAAAUUUGCUCCAGCAAACCUAGGUCAUGCGAGAGGCGCAGAUGCUCCGCCGUGUGACGUCAAGACGGGCCAGGACUCCAGGUGGAGGUUACAGUAUGACGUCUAUCAGUAUUUUUUGCCGGAGAACGACCUCACUGAAGAGGCAUUGCUAAGGCACCUGCAGAGGAUGGCCGAGGUGCCUCAGGUGCAGGCCAAUGCUCUCAAGGUGGUUACCCUAAAAGCUUAUGAUAAGACAAGUGUUUCUUUCUCCUCCCUCCGUGGACAAGGUGUCAUUUACAACGUCAUCGUUAGGGAUCCAUUUCUAAAUACGUCUGCAGCUUACGUCCCUGCUCACACGUACGCUUGCAGCUUUGAGGCAGGGGAGGAUAAUUGUUCUUCCCUUGGAAGAGUAUCUACCAAAGUGUUCUUCACUCUUUUUGCCCUGCUUGGUCUCUUCAUCUGUUUCUUUGGACACAGAUUCUGGAAAACAGAACUAUUCUUUAUAGGCUUUAUCUUCAUGGGAUUCUUCUUUUAUAUACUGAUUACAAGACUGACACCUAUUAAGUAUGAUGUCCGCCUGGUUCUGACAGCCGUUGCCGGAAGUGUCGGUGGGAUUUUCUUGGUCGCUGCUUGGUGGCGAUUUGGAAUCCUCGUGCUCUGCAUGCUGUGUGUUGGACUGGUGCUGGGGUUCCUUGUCUCAUCAGUGACUUUCUUCACUCCACUGGGAAACCUAAAGAUUUUCCGUGAUGACUCAGUGUUCUGGGUGACCUUCUCUUGUAUAGCUAUUCUCAUUCCAGUGGUUUUCAUGGGCUGCCUAAGAAUACUGAACAUACUGAGUUGUGGAUUCAUUGGCUCCUAUUCGGUGGUCUUGGCCGUUGACAGUUACUUGUACACAAGCCUUUCCUACAUCACUUUGAACGUACUGAAGAGAGUGCUCCACGUGGAUUUCCGCAGAGCUUUCAUAAAUGUGCCUUUUCAAACGAAUGACUUUAUUAUCCUGGCAGUAUGGGGCAUGCUGGCUGUAAGUGGAAUUACGUUACAGAUUCGAAGAGAAAGAGGGCAACCGUUUUUCCCUCCCCACCCAUACAAGUUAUGGAAGCGAGAGUGUGAGCGCAGAGUGACGAACAUCCUGGACCCCAGCUACCACAUCCCUCCGCUGAGAGAGAGGCUCUACGGCCGAUUAGCCCAGAUCAAAGAGCUCUUUCAGAAGGAACAGCCAGCCGGUGAAAGAACUCCCCUGCUUCUGUAGAUGCGGAGGGCUUGGUCAGUGCAAUCUUGAAGUACAACCCAGGUACCGCCUCAGAUUGGGUGUUGCUGCCUUGCUGCUUCAGCAGUCUCUGGGGCAAGUCUGCUAAGAAACCAGCUUCUGUGUCCGUGCUUUGUACAGUAUUGUG